AUGGCUGGCGGCAGGAUCCCGGAGCUCGUCACCCGCAACCACCCGUCGUCGCCGUCUCCGACAAUACCGGCGGCCGUACUCAAGGAGAUUCACGAUGCCGGCGUCCCCUUUUACAUGAUGGGCAUCUUCCUCCCCCACGCCGUCUGCACGCUCUUCAUCUUCUCCCGCGUCGUCUGCCGCAUCUGGGUCACCCGCAAGUGGUUCCUCGACGACACCCUCAUUUUCCUCGCCUGGCUCUUCUCCACCGCCCUAAGCGUCGUCUACGCCAUCACCGCCUUGACGCCCUCGCUCCUCGGCGCCCCCGUGGAUGGCGCCUCCUCCAUCCUGGACGCCAACCCCUACAUCAUGCGCACCUACCUCGGCCUCGUCUACUACCAGCUGUGCUUGUGCCUCACCAAGCUCUCCAUCCUCGCCUUCUACCUGCGCGUCUUCGCCUGCCGCCCACGGGAGCGCUUGCUGGCGCGGGCCGGCGUCGUCUUCGUCGUCCUCUACAGCGCCCCGAUGCUGCUCAUGAGCUUCCUACAGUGCCACCCCAGCCCCGGCCUGUUCUUCGGCCAGCCCAUGGUGUGCUUCAACUUCCCCGACCUGCUCAUCUCCAGUGCCAGCCUGCACUCCGCCACCGAUGCCUGGCUCAUCGUCAUGGUCAUCCCCACCGUCAGGCGCCUCGACAUUCCCCACCGGCAAAAGAUUGCCCUCGGGGCCGUCAUGAGCCUCGGCAUCUUCGUCAUCGUCGCCAGCAUGAUCCGCCUGCAACUCAGCCUGCACUUGCAGUACCGACCCAACAGCUCCGCCGUCCGCAACACCCUGGGUUUCUUCGUCAUGACCGUCCUCGAGUGCAACGUCGCCCUCAUCUGUGCCAGCGCGCCGACGCUGCGGCCGCUUCUGGCCAAGCUGUUCCCCCUGUGGAUGAACAGCGCGCAGCGGAGGCGGUCGUUCGAGCCCUCGACGGGGCAGAGCUUCGACCUGACGAGCCUGACGUACAACGGGUAUCCGUGGGCGGCGCCGCGCUCGCCCGCCGCCGCCGCCGAGAGGAGCAGGAACGGCAGCGUGAGAAGCCACCUGGACAAGCCACGGAUGCCGGCGCCGCCGGGCAGGGUCCUAUCGAUGACGCAGCGCCAGCCGACGACGUUGAGCCUGGGCAACAUGAUUAUUGGAACGGCGCCGCGGGUCGCGCAGCGGACCAGGGCCCGGCCCCUCGCGGCGGACGACGGCAGCAGACCCAUGCUGCACGAGACGUGGGACGCGAAGCGCAGCUCGUCAAUCUACUCGCAGGACCCGGUGUGGGACGAGCUCGGCGAGCACGAUUAUGAGGAGAAGGGCGUCAUCCCCAAGACGAUGAGUCUGUGCCUCCGCUCCGAUCACGCGACGGACGGCGGCAACGUGGAGCUCGGCAUGACGCAACAGCUGGACGUCAACCGCAUGAGCCCGAUGUCCGGGCUCAGCGGAGAGACCUGGACCGGUGAUAGGAGCAGCUCAGGCACGAACGCCGAGAGCAUUAACGGAAAAUUGAUGAUGGAGAUACCCAGUGAGAAGGAGGAGGUAGAGGCAGACGGCAAGCCCAAAGUGCCCAUGCGGAGCCCAUUGAGAGAUAGCCGGAGAUGA